AUGUCCUGGUCAUCACUGCUUGGGACCAGCGUCCUUCUGGCAGUUAUCUACUACUUGAUCAUACUGCCCAUCUAUAACAUUUACUUCCAUCCUCUUCGGAAGUAUCCCGGUCCAAAGCUGUUCGUAGCAUCCAGUCUGCCGUGGGGCUUCUGGUAUCGUAGUGGUUUCUGGCACGAAAAGAUCGAGGAGCUCCACAAACAGUACGGACACAUCGUGCGUGUCGCUCCGGACGAACUUUCCUUUGACAUUCCCGAGGCGUGGGAUGAGAUAUACUGCCGUCAAGAUACCAAGAUUGAGAAUCGACGACCGGAGUUUUUCAUCUCUUCCAAGUUGCACUACAUCAUCUCGGCAAAAGAUUCCGACCAGAGGAGAAUGAAGAACAAACAUGGACUUGUUCAUCGACCAGAUUCGACAGGAAUCGGUGUAGCGAAGAAGCCCAUCAAUCUCAUGCGUUGGGUGAACUACCUUACCUUCGACAUCAUUGGGGAACUUCUAUUUGGCAAGACCUUUGGGUGCGUGGCAGGCAAUGAAAGGUUUCGAGCAUGGCAGGAUCUCCUCAUCACCAACUUGCAGCUCCUGCACACUAUAUGCGUCUCUAAACGGAUUUGGAUAUUCUGGCUGGCGAUGCCAUGGAGAGACGUAUACACCUUGCUUACGCAGUUUACGCACUUUGACAAGCUCAUCGGAAACAUCGUGAAUGAGAGGCUUGCAGGGAAAGCACCUGACCGGACUGACCUCUUCGAGCUGAUGAAGCAAGGGAGGGGUGGCAAUUGCAUGACGCAAGAAGAGAUCCUCGCAAAUUCGAAUUUGCUUACUUUUGCGGGUUCCGAGAGCUCAGCCAAUUCUACAGUAUCGCUUUUGUACCGCAUUUCAUCGGAUGCAACGCUGAAGGCCAGAUUGCUGCGAGAGCUGCGAGCGAAUUUCAAGAGCGAAGAUGAGAUGACCAGCACUAAGGCAAUGACAUUGCCCUUCCUCAGGGCUGUUAUCGAAGAAGGACUGCGCCUGCAUCCUGUCACCCCAAAUGCUCUAUGGCGAAUAACACCAAAACAAGGCAACAAGAUUUUCGAUGACUGGAUUCCUGGAAAUACCGUGCUCAGUAUUCAUCACCGAGCGAUGUAUCGAAGUGAACACAACUUCAAGAGAGCUCAGGAAUUCAUUCCCGAGCGUUGGAUGCCCAAUUCGGACAUCUAUUCUGAAUUUGCAAGUGAUCGAAGGGACGCUUUUCACCCGUUCUCUUGCGGCCCCAGAAUGUGUCCAGCCAGAAACUUGGGAUACGCUGAAAUCAGCAUCAUUCUGGCACGAAUACUUUGGAACUUCGAGAUCGUUGUCGCCGAGGAGAGUAGGCAUUGGCGUGAGAACCUCAAGGGCUGGGUGCUGUGGGAGAAGCGUCCUUUCUGGCUCUACCUGAUUCCACGUGAGGAAUACGAGGGCAAUGAGGCCAAAAUUGCCGAACCAGGAAAUGAUCACGGCACCUCAUAG